ACCGAAUUCUCCAAAUUUCCACUAAUUUCAAAUUGAAUCAAUCCUAAAACUCACUUUUACCUGCUGAACUUAAAAACUUCAACCUCCAAAAAUCGCUAGUGAAUAUUUUACAUAUUUUACAAAAUAGAGAAGAUUGGAUCAGCCUAUAUAUAAAUUGCAUCCAUUAAAUUUCUUAAGGCUUUUCUCAUUGCCAGAAAAACCAUUCAACAGAACCAACCACAUACUUAAUUUAGGAAAUCACUUUCAUCCGUUAAAUGUAAAGGCGUCGAGCUUCAAAAACUACGUUUUCAGCUAUCAUCUUUGACAUUUCACGUACUACCUUGACAGGAAUGAGAUCAGACCAACGUAUAUUACAUACAUAUAACUUACUGUCAUCGCAUACGUCAGAAUUUCUGACAAGUAAGGGAAACAAUUCCCAGGUGUACGUACGCUAUCGGAAGAUGAACAGGUGUCCAAAGGUGCUAGGAAGCAAGCAGAAGAACCAGCAUGCUGCGCACGCAGUCGGCGUGAAUCCUAACCACCCUUCCCGAGUCUGAACCCCCGUCGGCACAAUGUUGAAACUCAAAGUUAAGCGCGCCGUCGAGCCGGACCAGUCUCUCUGUGUUCACUCUCUCGUAAAGAGAGAUAAUAAAAGCGCAAUCUGAUAUGGCAACUGGCAUAGUAAUGGCGCGAAACACUUGACUGGAAGACGGCGGUGCGACGCGUUCGCCGCGACGAUGCAACCGACGUUCCGCGCUCAGAAACACCGUCGUGAUCGCGAAAGAUCGCAUUUUCCCAAUUCCGGGCACGAGCUGCUUCCUUAUGAAUGCGUACGUCACUUGGUGAAGUAAUACCGCGGAAACAGCCGGAACAAUGUACGGUAUGCUGUUGGAGAGUGUGCAGCACUUCGUGCAGUUAGAAUACGGCGAGGAUGUGUGGCUUCAGCUCCUGGAAAGAGCUGAUUGCAAACAUAUGGUUUUCAACACGCGACAAACGUAUCCCGACGAGCUUAUGACCAAUUUAGCUGCUGCAUUAGCCGAAUGCAAUGGCGAAUCCGUGGAGGAUGUAAUGCAAUUCUUUGGGAAGUGUUUCGUUAGAUUUUUUAGCAACUUAGGAUAUGCCUGCAUGAUAAAAGCCACUGGUCGUUAUUUUUGUGACUUUCUACAAAACGUUGACAAUAUUCACAUGCAAAUGAGAUUCACGUAUCCACGUAUGAAAAGUCCUUCGAUGUACACUACACACGUCGACCCACAGGGUGUGGUGUUAGUUUAUCGAAGCACCAGGAAAGGAUUUACGCACUAUCUUAUGGGUCAGUUAUUUCAAAUAGCGAAAGAGCUUUACGAAACAGAUUUAGUCAUACGAGUAUUAGGAAGUUCAAACAAUAUCCCUGGAUCCAGAAGUGUAAUGGUUAAAUUUAGAAUUGAUUUCGACAAUCGUGAAUACAUCGCAAAGAACAACAGUAUGAAAACUCCACUUGGCCGUGAAUUAGCACCGGUGUCAAUAUCGUUCCUUUUACGUCUUUUCCCAUUUGGAGUGGUAAUCAACAAAGACAUGAAGAUAUUGGGGGCCGGUGAUAAACUCCUGCAAGCAUGGGGUGGCAGUUCGUCCAUUUUGAAUAAACACGUCACGGAUGUUUUUAAAUUCCGUAGGCCUAAAGGGAUAUCUUUCACGUGGGGAAAUGUGAUGUACUUGCAUUCUGUGAUGUUCGAAUUGGAGCUGGUCAGAUUAAACGAUAACGAUGCUUCAUCUAACUCGGACAAUACCCCAAGCACCAGCUCGGGAUUGGAUAGGCGAGGCAGUCAAGGAGCCAGGAGCAUACUAUUGAAAGGUCAAAUGAGAUAUAUCGAGGAUCUUAAAGCAAUUAUUUUCUUAUGUAGUCCCCUAAUUAACAGUUUAGACGAAUUGCUUAACAUGGGCCUGUACCUGAACGACCUAAAUCCUCAUGGCUUGAGUCGUGAGUUAGUACUCGCCGGAUGGCAACAUUGCGGAAGAUUAGAGAUGAUGUUUGAGAGGGCUGAGCAGAGAUCAACCGAAUUGGAAAACAGCUACGCGUUGCUGGAUCGCUGGAAGAAUAAGAGCGACGAGCUUUUGUAUUCCAUGAUCCCACAGACGGUUGCUGAUCGAUUGCGUGCUGGAGCUUGUCCUUUAAGCACUUGCGAGUCAUUCGAGUCUAUUUCCGUCUUAUUCUGCGAGCUUUGCGACUUCGAUUAUUCAACGAUCGAAGGUGCAAUGGACAUUGUCUCAUCGAUGAACGCUGUUUUUUCUUGUUUCGACUCGCUGAUGGAUGAAUUUAACGUAUACAAAGUAGAAACAGUCGGCCGGGUCUAUAUGGCAGCCAGUGGUGCGCCAGAUAGAACGGAAAAUCACGCGCAAAAUAUCGCAGACGUUUCGCUGCAGCUGCUGAAACACGUCCGAUCCCUUAAGUUACCCUCUGGUGUCGAUAUUCAAAUUCGUAUAGGAAUCCAUUCUGGACCAGCUGUAGCAGGUGUAGUUGGCAUCAAAGUACCUAGAUAUUGCUUUUUCGGUGACACUGUGAAUACUGCUUCUAGGAUGCAAACGACUAGUCUGUGUACACAGUGGUUUAAACAUUUUCACGAUUCAGCCUGGAAAGGUGCAGAUCUCAUCGGAUGUGAAAGCGUUAUUACCACCGGAUCGGUAUUACGUUGAAUCACGCGGAUUGGUUUGGGUCAAGGGUAAAGGUAACAUGGAAACUUAUUGGUUAUCCGACAAAGUAGACACGGACGGUAAAUCGACUGAGCAACAAGCUACUAAGCCGGAAGGACUUCUAGUCACUGAUAUUUAAAACGUGGUCAAAUGGCGAGUUAGAUAAUUCUAA